CCUCAAUACCACCAAACCAUUCGUCCUCGACAUCUCGCCAUCGACGCGCACACGCGUCCCCUCAUCCUCCCCCACCACUUGAAACGGGGCUACGGCCCCACGCCGCUCCUUACCACCCUUUCUCCAUCCCCCUCCCGGCCAACAUGAGCCACAUCGACCUCUCCCCCGUCACGCUCCUCCUCCAGGAGGUGCAGACCGUCACGUCGGCCAUGCGGCGCAACAUGCGCUGGUCUUCGUCCGUGCCCGCAUCAACGUUUGCCUCCUCCGGGCUUCCUUCCCAGCUCUCGCGCGACAGGCGCGCUGGCACCCCCAUCGGCCGGCGGCGCGAUGACGAGGGCGAUCUCAUGGGCAACUUCGUCGCGCUCCGACGCGCACUCACCGGCGUCUCUGAUGUAACGACGCUCGAUCCACUCGCGAUCGUCGAACCAUUCCUUGCCAUCAUCCGGUCGCCCCUCACCUCGGGCCCGAUCACCUCGCUCGCGCUCGUGAGCUUGCACGACCUCGUCCUCCAUGUCCUUCCUCUCUACCUUCCUCCUACUCCACCGCCGGCACUCGGGGACGCAUCGCCUCUUCAGCUCGCCCUGGUGCGCGUCACGCAGGCAUUGGCUGCAUGUCGCUUCCCCUCGUCUUCACCUCAGCAGGAUGAGCUUGUCCUCCUUCGCCUCCUGCGUGUCAUCGAAAGCAUGACUGUACCCGUGUUGCAGGCGGGAAGCGGACGCGUACCACAGAGUAUGCUUGACCACAUUGGCGACGAAGGCGUGUGCGAGCUCCUUGAGGUCGGGCUCGGCAUGCUGGCGCGCGGGCGACUCAGUGACGGCUUGCGAGGCACCGCCCAGCUCUGCGUGCAGGCCAUAACGCGCGCGUGCUUCCUCCGCCUGCGGACACUGAGUCCCGAGGACGUAGAGCGCGCGCUGCGCAGUCGCAUUAGCGUCGGCGUCAAGGACACGGUCAAUGUGCCCAAUACUGCUGCACCGCGAUUGUCCGCAGAGCGCAGAAGCGUCGAGCGGGAGCAGCAACGUCGCAGCGUAGAAAGAAUAGAGGAGCAGCGCCGCAGCGCCGAACGCGAACAGAAGGAACAUGCUGACGAGGCGGAGGACAAGGCAACGCCUCGCACGUCGCUGGACGACACGGGCAAGUUUAGCAAAGAGUCGAAACCGGACGAUGGUCCCCCGCAAUUUGCCCCAUACGGCCUGCCGACUAUGCUCGAACUCCUCCGCGUCCUCAUCGCCCUGCUGAAUCCCAAUGACAAGGCUCACACGGACACCAUGCGACUUUCCGCGCUUGCCGUGCUCAACUCGGCUCUCGAGGUCGGCGGGUCUGGCAUCGGACAAUGGGCGGAGCUCCGUGAAGGAGUGCGCGAUGAGGGGUGCCGCUAUCUCUUCCAGCUCACGCGUUCUGACCAGGCCGUUAUUCUGCAGUCCUCGCUUCGCACUACCUCCUCCCUUUUCGCCACCCUCCUUCCUCAUCUCAAGCUACAGCUGGAGCUGUUCCUUUCCUACCUCGUUGACCGGCUCACGCCACCAGCCCCCAUGCCUCUCCCGCCUCAUCUGCGGGAUCUUUCACGGCCCACCUCGCCCAGCCCAUAUGCCUCCGAAACCGCCUCCGACCACUCGGGUGCCGACACUCCCCCGACCUCGACGCCCAAGCCUUACUCACUUCUCCCCCCGAUGACGUCCGAGAGCAAGGAGCUGUGGCUUGAAACUCUUACACAGAUUGCCACUCGCCCGAGCUUUAUGGUCGACUGCUGGGUCAAUUUUGACUGCUCGACCGACUCUGAGGACAUCUUUGAGCGUCUCAUGGUCUUCCUCACCCGCGGAGUGUACCCUUCGGGGCCCGGCCCACGGGCUGAUGGCUCGACUAUGCUUGAGGGACUAGAUAGCUCUCAGCUGCUCUGUCUCGAGAUUCUGUUGACGUAUGUCGACUCGAUGGCGCAGCGUCUGGAGCAAGGCGAUGAAGAGUGGCCAGCCGACGCACCGUCCGUCGAAGAAUUGAAGAUGAACAAGAGCCGCAAAGCUGUCCUUAUCGCGGGCACGACGCAGUUCAACAUCAAACCCAAGGUCGGCAUUCAGCAGUUGAUCGAGUCGGGCAUCAUUGUGCCCGACAAUGGGCCUGGGACAGAGGAGGAGCGUAAGCUGCGCGGAAUCGCGCGCUUCUUGCGCAACACUUCGCGAUUGGAUAAGAAGCUCGUCGGAGAGUACAUCUCCCAUCCGGAACGUCUGGAUCUCCUCAAGGCUUUCAUCGGCCUGUUCGACUUCACGGGCAAGUCGAUUGCCGACGCACUGCGAGAGCUCCUUGAGACUUUCCGUCUGCCUGGAGAAGCUCAGCCUAUCUCUCGCAUCACUGAGACAUUCUCUCAGCACUUCUUCUCUCUCGACCCGCCAGAAAUUGCGACCGAGGACGCCGCCUACGUCCUCGCUUACUCGGUCAUCAUGCUAAACACGGAUCAGCACAACCCGCAGAACCGUAAGCGCAUGACUGUCGAGGACUACCGGCGCAACCUACGCGGCGUUAACGAUGGCAAGGACUUCGAUGCCGAGUACCUAGCCGGCAUCCACGAGUCGAUCAGGAAACACGAGAUCAUCUUGCCGGAGGAGCACGUUGGACAGCCCGGCUUCGACUAUGCGUGGAAGUCGCUCAUGCAGCGGACACGCCUCGCUGGCCCCACUAUCUCUUGCAACACAGCUCAGUUCGACGAGGCCAUGUUCCGCAUCACAUGGCAGCCUCUCAUUGGUGCCAUCGCGUACGCUUUCACCAUGAACGCCGGAGAUGAGCAUGUCAUUCAGCACGCUAUUACUGGUUUCAGGCAGUGUGCAACGCUGGCAGGGCACUUCAACAUGCCAGAGGUAUUCGAUCGCAUCGUGCAGUCGCUAGCUCCUGCGACUGGACUCCUCGAUGAGACCGAGGAGGGUUACCAGAUGGGCAACUAUCCUAAGGCGGAGCGUGACAACCUCUCCAUCACUGUGUCACCGCUGGCUAUCCGCUUUGGUCAGAGCUACCGCGCCCAGCUUGCGACCGUCGUCCUGUUCACCAUCGCCAACGGCAAUGGCAACGCAGUGCGGGCCGGCUGGACUCAGAUCUUCGAAAUGUUCCAGACCCUUUUCCUGCACUCGCUCUUGCCCGCGCCUAUGUUGCAGAUGGAGGACUUUUUGGCAGGCACCACCACCAUCCCGCUCAAGCUCACGACCCCUGCCGCGGUUCCCGAGCGCCGUCCUGAGGGCGGGGGUCUACUCUCCACGCUCUCCUCGUACCUCCUCUCGCCUUACGGCGCGUCCAAUGAGGCUAUUCCUAGCGAAGUGUCAGACGAGGACAUCGAGAAUGCGCUCGUUGCGGUUGACUCGCUCGCGUCGUGCAAGCUGGAGGAACUUUACGCCGAGAUCCUGUCAUUGGAUGUCGAAGCGCUCAUCCCUGCCGUACGCGCGAUCCGGUCGCUCGCCGAAGCUCGCACCACGCACCGCCUUGAGCCCCGUGAAAGCCCAGACGGACCGCAACGAUUCGAGGGCCAACUGCCGUAUGACCCUGCCUGCGUGUUCCUGCUCGAGAUGAUGGUGUCGCUCGCUGCGCGUGGCAAGGACCACAUUGCUGAGACGUGGCCCAUCAUCUUCGAGUACAUCUCGUCUCUGCUCAACAGCGCCCAAUCGUACUCGGUGCUGCUGAUCGAGCGGGCUGUGGUUGGGCUCCUCCGGCUCUGCCUCAUCGUGUCGGAGCAGCCCACGCUGCGCGACCAGUUGUACCUGGCGCUCGAUGUGCUGCGCUCGCUCCCCUCCAGCGUGCUAAACGCUGUCAGUGAGCAGCUCAUGGCAGGCGUCGCCAGGAUCCUCGAGAAGGACUCGGGUGUCGUCAAGAGCCAGACCGAGUGGGGUCUUAUCAUCGCGCUUUUCCGCGCAACUGUCGCCCACCCUGAGGCGUCCAAGGUCACGCUGGCCAUCGUGCAGAAGAUGGCCACUGGUGGUGAGCCUGGCCUCUCGCCCGACAACUUCGCGGGCGUUGUGGCGCUACUGGAUGAGUUUGCCACGGCCGCUGGCGCGGCGGCAGCUGGCCGCCUGCAACCCAGUCGCCGUGGGACGAACCCCGUUGCCACAACCCUCGGCCCGACCGUUGAGCGCGGCCUUACCGCCCUCGACAGCCUGUACGAGCUGCGCAACCAGAUCCCGGCCCUUAUCGCAAGAAGCGGGAAGCCUCCCCGUGAUGCCUUUGCCGCAUUCUGGCUCCCUCCAUUGCUCGUCAUUUCGAAGCAAUGCGUGAAUGGCUACCGCGAGAUCCGCCACCGCGCCAUCUCGUAUUUGCAGCGCCUCCUUCUUUCCCCUCAGUUGAUGAGUGCGGACGGGACGACACUGCCAAUCAUCUUUGACCGAGUCCUUUUCCCUGUGCUCGAUGAGCUGCUCAAGCCAGCACUGUACGAGCGUGACCACGCCGGCGCUGUCGAAAUGCGCCUCCGCGCCGCGACGCUCCUCGUCAAGGUGUUCUUGCAGUACGUCGUGGGGCUUACUGAGCCUUGCGACGCUGUCGGGGUCCAGUUCGUCCGCGUGCUGGACAAGUUGGAGCGCUUCAUGCAGGGCGACCGUGACAUGCUGAACGAGGUUUCCGAAUCACUCAAAAACCUCGCACUCGUUAUGUAUUCGUCGCAACUGCUCAUCCCGCCGCCGGCGGUGGGACAGCCUGACACGCGCACCCGCGAGCAGCAGGAACUCUGGGCAGCCAGUGCAGCACGCAUUGAGCGGAUGGUCCCAGGCUUCCUGGACGAGGCGCUCGCACCAGCUCCCGAGCCGCCGCGCUCACCUGCCAAGCCAACUGUGGGCUCAGGUGCAGGAGUUGAGUCGCCAGCACCGCUGGCGACAGUAGGAGAAGAGGCAACACAAGAGGAGCAGUAGAUUGUAGACAUAUGCAUUCGGAGCCAUGGAGGGCAAUUCAAGGCUCUGCCCAUGCUCACUCGUCCACCAGCUGG